AUGGCAAGCAGUGCAGAGGUAAUCUCUCAACUCACCGCAUACUGGGGAUUCUCGUGCCCAAAAGGUGGAGCCUUCUACAUCUGUCCUGAGAAGAAGCACGAGUUUCUCGGUUGCUGCACCGUCAAUCCAUGCACCGAGGAACGAAGUGGUGUCUGCCCGGACGACCAACUCGAAGCCGCUACCUUCUCUAUAGCAAAAUACGACAUUCUUCCGGCGCAAGGAUGCGACGUCUCAAUUCAAGAAGCAUUAUUCUACACAUGCAAUGGUUCUUCGCCUCCAUUUAUGGGUUGUUGCGCUUCCAACCCCUGUAACGCUGGUUGUCCCCAGGAUAAAUUAAGGCCGGCGGUCCUGAACAACCUCCCGGGGGAGUGGACGAAACGGGAUUAUCUACUCAACCCUAACGGCUCUGGUAUCAGCUAUAACCGCACCAAAACCGAACCCAGCAGCAGCGCCAGCAGCACAAGCGAGCCCACCAGCAGCAGCACAAACCAGCCCAACAGCAGCACAAACGACCUGGACAGAAGCGGAGGACUAUCCACUGGCGCUAUUGCCGGCAUCGCUGUAGGCGCUGUUAUUGCAGUCCUCGUCAUUGUUGCCGGACUCAUGUGGAAGUGCGGAUGGUUCCCAAGGAAGAAGAAGGCGGAGGAAAACAAGCAGGAGGCGGAUGUGCCCGGAGCAGCCAUGUCUCAUAUGAGCCCUAUGACUCCCAUGACCCAGCAAGCAUACCCACACCAAGGACAACAAGGAUACGGAUACGCCGAUGAGAGCGGACGGUCGGUCAUGAGCAGCCCAAGCACAGGCUACAUCCGAGUCUCUCAAUAUGCAGACUCCUACGUGAGUGGCGUCACUGCUCCCGGCAGCCAGUAUGGUCCUCUUUCCCCCGCCCUUUCCAAGGCAGGUCUCCAUAGCCAGCACGCGUCUCCGAAUCUUAAGCAAGAAGGCUUUGAUCCAAAGUACGGCUACAACGGCUACAACGGCUACCAGAACAACGGCUUGGGACUAGGUACCGUUUCAGAGUUGCCCGUCACCGACCACCACUUCGGCGCGCAGGAAUUGCCUGCGGGGGACUAUCCCGGCUUUGAGAUGGACGCCGGCGCCGUUCAGCCCCCACAGGAGCAAAACCAGCAACAACAGCAUGCCAGUCCCCAGGGAGGCGAUCGGCAAGACGUCAACCAGGAGCACGCCACUCAGCAUGUCGAAGAGAGGAGGAAUUGA